UCUCGCCCGGUGAAAAUAAUUUUUGGAUUUGCCUGUGACUCCCAGCGGCCAGAAGAAAGUGACUAUGGAAUGAUGCUGUAUCACAGAAACAGACUUAUCAAGGCUUUUGAGAAAGUUGGAUAUCAGAGACAGCCAAAUGACCUAGGUGUUGGAGUUGUGGGCGUGGCCCAGGUAGACUUCUUACAGCCUAUCCACAACAAGCAGGAUUUCAAUAAAGAUGAAAAAUUUAAUUCAGUGAUGUCAGCAUUUGCCAACAAGUUGAAUGAUUAUUGGAAUGAGAAGAAAGGUUCCAAUAGUUCUGCACAGCCGUCUGUACGGAAUCAGCCGGAUUGGUUAUGGGCUCAGUGUGAGCAUUGUUUGAAGUGGCGUCGGCUUUUGGAUGAAGUUGAUCCAAGAUCUUUGCCUGAACAGUGGUUCUGCAGAAUGAAUAAAGAUGCUACCCACAAUCGCUGUGAUGUUCCUGAAGAGCCAGAGGAUGAGGACUUGGCUGUAAAGCCAACAUAUGAGAAAACUUUCAAGAAAAAACAGGAGGAAAGGAAAAAGUUACAGCAGCUGGAACGAGAAAAAGAAGAGAACAUGAAAAGAAGGAAGAUUAUGGAAAAGGAACAAGAGCUGCAAGAGAAGGAGGCUGCUUUAAGAGCUAUACAACAAGUGGCAGCUGCACAACCAAUUGAACUUGAUCAGUUGCAGGAAAACAGAACAGUGGCAUCCUUGCAGAAAGCUCUGAUGGAGGCACGACGACGGGAGGAGCAGCAGAAACGGUUGAUACUGCAAAUACAGGAGCAGAAAAAGGCUAUUUUGGAACAGCGUAAUUCAUUGUUGCAAAUGGCUGAAACUUGGCAGUCUGAAGAAAUGAAUGGUGAUGAAGUCUUUCAACAGAUGUCCCAGUUGAUUAACACCCUGGGCCCACAGUUUACACCAUCGACACCUGCUUUGCGGAGGUCCCCUCCACCGGCAACAAAUCCCAGAAAACAAAAUAAGGCAACAAAGCAGAAUACACCUUCAGUAAAGGCAGAGACAGAGAGGAAAUCUUCAAAGCAUCACCAAAACAGCCCUGCAGUGACCAACAACUCAAGGAGUCCGGGUUCAACAAGCAGUAAACAUUUAACCCCAGCAGCUUCACCAGCCAAGACAUCAACAGAAGCCAGGGCUGCAUCUACUUCUGGGCCACCGGCAGCAUCAAAAAGAAAACGACAGCGUAAGGGACCUGUGGGGGAUGUAAUCGACCUUACUGAUGAAAGUGAGUUCAGCGAGGUCAUGGAUGUGAAACCCAACAUGCCCGGGGAUGCGGCGAUGGCACUGGAUGGUGUGCAGACUCAAGUAGCUGAAGUCAAGCCAGAAAAACAAUCUUUGGAUGAAGUUUUGUCUGAGAAAAAUAAUCAUACUGAGAUAACACCGAAGGAAGAGUUUUUUGAGACAGUCACACAGAAUUCGACUUCAUCAUCACCAACCAAAAAGUCUGACCCUGCAACCAGUGAUGCCAGGGCUUCAGAUGCUACACAGGGGAUUCAGUUUAGACCUGACCUGGCGGGUAAUCCUGAAUUCUUACAGGAUAACCUAGAGGCAGCUCUUGCAGCUAUUCAAGAUAGAAUGGAGAAGGAAAACCUUCGGCAAGAAUCUGAGUUGGAUGAUAAAGAUGGUGUUAUAAAGGAUGAGAUCCGAGGUGAAAAUGUGACAAACAACACUGAUGUGGCUGAAGGAGAGAAAGAGGUCGAGUCAGGACAGAGUGAAACAGUACCUGCUGUGUCAGAAGCACCUAAAUUAGAUGUAGAUGGUGAGACAUUGAUAUGGCAGCAGUUAAGUCAGUUCUCAAGCACUGUGGACAGUCCACCUAUCAAAAUGUUUCAUCAUAAAGAUAUUCAAAGUAAAAAAGAACUUAUGAAUGAUCAGUACAGUGAUAAAUCAUCUCAAGUGACAGAUCUGACAACAAACUCCGAAGCUCAAACAGAUUUAACUCUUUCCACUAACAGUCAGAAAAAGACAGACGCUGUGAAGAGUCUGCACAAAGAUAUUUCAGUGAAGACUGAGCUGUUAGAGAAAAUGGAAGCCAGACUUGCAGAAACUUAUGUUAAUAUCCAUAAGUUAUUGGGUUUCAUUGUUCCUAGUGCCGAGCUUGGAGACAUCAGCAACAUCCAUCAGGUAGUGACCGACAUGGUUAAGUACAGUGAGGCCUCCCCUCAGCCGAUAAUCAAAGGCAGCAGCAAGGUCUAA